AUGUUCACCACUAGGCCCCCUUUGUUGGAAGUGAAGAGAAACGGAGAGCCAAAGACGGCAACCCUGGUCAAGGCUUCCUCCCGGCUGCCCCUCCCAGGAAGCAAGCUCAAGAGGGGUCCUGACGAGAUGGAGGGAACCUUGGAGCCUGCAAAGAAACGGAUACGAGGCUUGGGUGCAGUGACCAAAGUUGACGCAUCCCGCCCCAGAGGACCACUCCUCAGCACCGUGGCCCAGGACCGCACUGCAGCUUUGAAAGCACCUAAGAAGCCGGGACCUCGCGGAGCCACUGCUGUCAGUACAGUGCUGAGGAACCGGAAGCCAGCUCCCACUGUUUCUGCUCCAAAGCCUGCAACGUCGGCGGCUCCUGCGGUGGUGGGGAAGAAGCCGGGCAAGCGGCCGGCCUGGGAUUUGAAGGGUCAGCUGUGUGACCUCAAUGAAGACCUGAGGCGCUACCGGGAGAAGACUCAAGCCCUGGAUCGGGAAAACCAGGGCCUUCGGGAGCAACUCAGAGAGGUGCAGGAGCAGGCCACGAACCUGGGGACGGAGCGGAACACUCUAGAAGAGGAGCUGGCCAUCGUACGGACCCAAGCUGAGCAGGGCCAGCAGAAGCUGGAGACUCUGAGUGCCCGCGUCGUGGAGCUGGAGGGAUGGCUGGGCACCAAGGAGAGGCUGGUUCAGGAGCUCCAGCAAGAGCAGCUGCAGCUGCAGGAGGAACGGCAGGCCCUGGGCGCCCGAGUGGAGGAACAGGAGAGGAGGUUGCAGGCCUCAGAAGCGGCUCUGUCAAGCAGCCAGGCAGAGGCGGCAUGUCUGCGGCAGAAGACCGCAGUCCAGGAGACCUUGUUGGCUGAGCAAGGGGACCGGCUCCACGGGCUGGAGAUGGAGCGCCGGCGGCUCCACAACCAGCUGCAGGAGCUGAAGGGCAACAUCCGGGUAUUCUGCCGCGUGCGCCCUGUCCUCGCAGGGGAGGCCACUCCGUCCCCCAGCUUUCUCCUGUUUCCCCCUGGCCCUGCUGGACCCUCUGAUCCCCCAACCCGUCUUAGCCUCUCGCGGUCUGAUGAUCGGCGCGCAACUCUGACGGGGGCACCAGCACCCGCUACCCGCCAUGAUUUCUCCUUUGACCGGGUAUUCCCACCAGGAAGCAGGCAGGCCGAAGUGUUUGAGGAGAUCUCCAUGCUCGUCCAGUCAGCACUGGAUGGCUACCCUGUGUGCAUCUUUGCUUACGGACAGACGGGCAGUGGCAAGACCUUCACUAUGGAGGGUGGGCCUGGGGACGACCCCCAGUUAGAGGGGCUGAUCCCACGGGCCAUGCGGCACUUGUUCUCUGUGGCCCAGGAGAUGAGUGGCCAGGGCUGGGUGUACCGUUUUGUAGCAAGUUACGUCGAGAUCUACAACGAGACCGUCCGUGACCUGUUGGCCACCGGGACCCGGAAGGGACAAGGGGGCGAGUGCGAGAUCCGUCGGGCAGGCCCGGGGAGUGAGGAGCUUACUGUCACCAACGCACGCUAUGUCCCUGUCUCCUGUGAGAAAGAGGUGGAGGCCCUGCUCCAUCUAGCCCGCCAGAACCGGGCUGUGGCCCGCACUGCCCAGAAUGAGAGGUCAUCACGCAGUCACAGUGUGUUCCAGCUGCAGAUUUCUGGAGAGCAUGCUGCUCGGGGCCUGCAGUGUGGCGCUCCUCUCAACCUUGUGGACCUGGCUGGGAGCGAGCGCCUAGAUCCUGCCUUAACCCUGGGCCCUGGGGAGCGUGAUCGUCUUCGGGAAACACAGGCCAUUAACAGCAGUCUGUCAACACUGGGGCUGGUCAUAAUGGCCCUGAGCAAUAAGGAGCCCCAUGUGCCCUACCGAAACAGCAAGCUUACCUACCUGCUGCAGAAUUCUCUCGGUGGCAGUGCCAAAAUGCUCAUGUUUGUGAACAUUUCUCCUCUGGAAGAAAAUGUCUCCGAGUCUCUGAACUCACUACGCUUUGCCUCCAAGGUGAACCAGUGUGUUAUUGGUACUGCUCAGGCUAAUAAGAAAUGAAGACGGGGCCUGAGCCUGAUUCCUGUGAGAAGAGAGCGUCCAUGUCUAUGUUUUGAUGUCAAUGUACUCAGUGGGGGUGGGGUGAGGUGCUUUUAUUGG